AUGUCUCUACCAUAUUCACAAGGUCAUCUUACAUUGAAAGAAUAUUUGUCAUUACAUUCGUCUGAGACUAGCAACAGACCAUUACAUUCAUUACGUAAUAAUAAUAAUAACAAUCAUGUUUCAACAGAACCAACUCUUGACCUGAAACAUAAAACAUUUCCUACAUCCAUGAAUAAUAAUUCAUUCAUUGACCGAAUAAUCAAUAAACCGGAAGUCAAUCCAAUCACACAACCAAUCAAUAACCUGUCAACGACAACAACGUUCAACAGACGUACCGCAACGAAUUUCACAAAUCGACAACAUCAACAUCAACAGCUGAAACGAUCAAAUACAGUUGGUGCAACUGAUAUAAUUAAAACUAUGAAUGAGAAAAUUCUAGUUGAUUAUUUAACAAAUAAAUUUAGUAAUAAUAAUUAUACUACUAAUAUUAAUAAUAGUAGUAACAAUAAUAGUAAUAAGGUAUUUGAUGAAAAAUUACCACAACCACGAUUAUUUCAACGUGCACAAAGUGAACGUCCUAUUCGUAAUGCUUCAAUUGGUAAUCAUAAUCAUAAUAGUAAUUUGCCACCUUAUCCCUUAAACAAUGAACGAUCAUCUUCAUCAUCAACAUUUCGUUCUGUGUUUUCACAACGUGGUUAUAAUUUCGCUAGAUCAUUUUGGCAAGAAAAUUUCACACCUGAUUUAUAUGACAAAAAAUCAUCAUUAGGUAGUUCAGAUAUUGGUCGUUUCACCGCAAUCAAACAGUUAUUAGAUAGAAAUCGUUUAAAAAACGGUCAACUAACAUUAGAUGAUAAUAUAAUGAUCGAUACGAAAAGAUUGUUAUCACUUGGUAACAGUGUUUCUCGUAAUCCUUAUGUAAAUAAAUCAUCUGUGACAAAUGGAUCGUCUAUAUCAUCGUCUUCAUCUUCAUCUAUUCUGAAUCAUCCCACUUUGACAACUCACUCAAAUACAACGGCAUCAUCUUUGCCAACUGGAUUAGCAACUUUAAUAAAUUUACAACGAUUAUCUUCUAAUAAUAAUCAGAAUAUUACGAAAGAGAUAUGGAGUGAAAAAUUUGUGGAAGAAUUUUUGAAAAAGUCUUCAUUAUUAACGAAUAAUUUAGUGAAUAAUCAAAAUGACUGCGUUUCUAUAGCGAGUAGUUUUACAGGUCAAACUUUAGUUCAAUGGUUUUGUCGACAUAUCAUUCAAUCAGGAUGUCCUUGGAGUCAUGAUCUGAUAUCAGUUGUUUGUCAAUUUUGCAAUUGUCUUUUACAAUUGGGUGUACUUAAACGUGAUCUCAAAUCAAAACAACCAAUCAAUUCGACGUUGAUCGAUCAUAAAUUGUUUCAUUCAACUGAUAAUAAUUCCGAUAGAAAUUCUUCAAAUACCACAACUUCUGCUACAACUACUACUAAUACUACUAAUACUAAUACUAUAGAAAUAUUUGAGCUUAAUAUGAAUUAUGUAUGGACUGGACGAUGUGAUAAUAAUGAACAAGGGCAUGCAAUGGAUAAUACUGUUUCAAUCAGCAAUGACCAGUUACAAACCAAUCAAAAUGAACACCAACAUAUUGAUGAAUUUAAACAAUUUCAAAUGAUUAUUUAUGAUCAUUUGAUCAGUCUUCAAAAAGAAUUUGAAUAUGAAUUAAAUCGAAUAACAAGAGAACAUGAAUUACAGUUGUUUAAAGUAAAAAAUCAAGGUGUUAUGAAAGUAUGCCAGCUGACGGAUAGAAUUGAGGCAUUAGAAAAUCAAGUUGAAAAAUAUCGUAUUCUUGCUGGUAUUGAACAUUUAACCAAAUCAUCAACCAUAUUUGAUGACUCUUCAUCAUCCUCUUCUCUAAUACAUAAAAAUAACUCCACACAAAAUGUUUAUUCAUCAUUAUUAUCUCCAAAUAAAAAUCAUUUAACUACUAAAGUGAAAUUUAAUUUAUCCAAUGAAAAGUUAUUGUUAAAUAAUUUACCAAGAAAAAUGAGAGCAUUCAGUGAAACACAUGAUUUAAGAACAACUACUCAUCAUCAUCUCGCACAAUCCAAUCCAAUUGAAACUAAUCACUACAAUAAACCUGAUUAUGUCACAUCGAAUCGAUUAUUUUUGAGUUCGAAUGAUAUGGAACAAUUGCCAACAGUAAACUGUCGACGUGAACAACAGAAAGAACCGCAGCCACCACAACAUUCACGAUCAGAUUUCAACAUGUUGCAUAAAAAGGAUGAAUUGUCUUUGUUGAAAAAUUCUACUGCAAAAAAUGAAUCAUUGAAAAUGUAUGAAAAAGAAAAUGUUCUCAAAACAAAUUAUACAGAUGUUGAUUAUCAGUCAAGGGAUAAUGAUAAUAUAAGUUAUCAAGGUUACAAUAAGACGAUGGUAGAUAAUGCAAAUAAAAUGAAUGAGUUUUCAAAAUUCAAUGUUCAACAUGACAAUCCAAUCAAUACAACAUUAUCAUUGAACGAUGAAAAUAACAUGAAUCAAAUAGAUCAAAAAGUAGAUUUAAAAAAUCUAACAUCUAGAUUCUUAUCAGUACCACCAUAUUCAAAAUUCAAUUCGGAUCCAACGAAUUCAAUGUUCAAUAAUAAUCAAUCCGUCGUUGGAAGUCAAACAAAAUAUGAUAUAAACAAUAGAUAUAAUACUGUGAAAACAUCAAUGAAAGGAGAUGACAGUUCGAUGUCGUCGAUGGCGAUGGCGAUGGCGACGACGACCACAACAGGAACAACACCUGGAUCAAUGAUAAUUAAAGGGAUGAAAGAUAUUAAACGAAUUAAUAAGAACAAAGGAUUAACAUAA